CAAUGGAGGAAGAAGAGGCAAAGAAGAGAGCCAGUGAAGAUACCGGCGCCGGAAACGACGAGUCUACGGUGAUGAAACGACGGAGGGAGGGGGAGACGGUUGAGUUCAACGACGACGUUUUGGCCUGUUUAUCGACGGACGGAGAAGGUUGCAAAACUGACGCUAUGAGCGAGUUGUUGAAGCUUCUUGACGAAUCAGUGGAAUAUACGUCUUCUUCGUCGUCGACGACUUGUUCCACGGCUUCGUACGGGGUGAAGGUCAGGUUUAGCGAGAAUCCAUACUCAUCGGCGUUGGUUUUCCAGUCGUCAUCGUCGUACGUCACCAUCAACGGCAACGAAGAGAGCUGCGGCUCGUCAUUUUCGGACUCGGAGUCGAGCGUGAUGGCGAGCGUGGACAUGAGAGGGAUUGUUAACUGGAACGUGAACGUCGUGAACUGCUUGGAGGAGAUCAGAGGGUGGUUGGAUAAGGAGGAUGGGGGCGCGUGGAGUACAAGUGAGGGAGAAACGCGUUGGGAAUGGGACGAAGAGAAGCUUGCCAGGUUUUGGGUGGGGAAUGCCUGUUUUGAGAACUAUUUUCAGGGUUUAUGUUAAUACUAAUUACUUAGUGGAAACUUUUGGAAAUAGAAAAUUAGGGUUUGUAUAAACUGAGCAAAAAUGGAAAGAUUUCGAAUUUAAAUGAAAACGGUGUGUGUGUUUUUUAA